GUGUGCCUGACAGGAGCGCUGCUGACGGCCUGCUGUACGCUGCCGUUCCUGCGCUCAGAGCCGCCCUUCUUCUACUCCGCCCCCAUGUACUGCGUCAGCCACGCCAUCGUGUCCGGGUUGUUGGGAUGCCUGUUCUUUAUGACCGCUGGUUCUCUCGCUACUUACUCCCAGGUGAGGAUCUACCUGGAGGCACGGCGGCACUUGCGCGCCAUCCAGGCGGGGAACAUCAGCGGAGACUCCGCCGAGGACAUUCGGAAGAAAAUCAAGAGCGCAGUGACCACCACCGCUGUCGUGGCCAUCUGGUGGCUGUCAGAGUUCCCUCUCAUCACUGUGGAGACCAUUCGGGUCACGGCGCCCCACACGACCUCUGUGAGCUGGCAGGUGGCACACCGCGUCAGCCGGUUCGCCUACUUCAUCUCCACCUGCAGCAACCCCAUCGUGUUCGCCUUCAGAAACAGGCAGUUCCGACAUGCCUUCAAGAAGCUGCUGCGUCCACGGGCGGUCCACAGCUUCAACUGAAAAGCAAGGCCAAUACCAGGGAGAUACUGCAAUGUUCAGGUUACUGUGCUGGUAGCCAAUGGUUGAUUUGACAUUUUACGGAGAUUUUACGACAAACGGUGUAACUCAAAGACGAAGAAUGAAAAAUUCAUUACACAUAAAGUAUCUUAUUUGCUGGAUCCGGCAGAAUAAAUUGACAAAUGCACUUUUUUUUUCAAAUCUAACAUGUGACAUUUGCAUCAGUUAACAUGAUAACGAUAACGGCGCCCAUGAAAACAGGGUUAUUGCAUUUAGAAAUUCUAUGAUUGUCAGUUGGUCCUCAGUGCGUCAAAUUUCUUCUGUCAAUGUUAUUAUUAUAUUCAAUGUUAUGUUAAAAGGGGU